GUUUAAAUGCUAAUGCAAUAGGACAGCUUUACACUGAGACAUGGAGUGAACAUGGGAGGGUUGCAUUAAGAGCAUCCGUCGUAAAACCUUGGCCAAAACUAAUAUGCGGACCAGAUGAUCAACUGUGGAACAGCCAAAACAACAACAACAACAACAACAACAACAGCAACAACAACAGCAACAACAUGGAGUAACUAUUAAAGUGAAAGUGAAUGGGAGCAAGUGGUUGCUUUUGGUGGAGAAAACGAAACUAAAGGACAUUUUGCAGGCAAUGUUAAAACCCGAUGUCCUGAUUUCUGUAUCACGCUUUUAAAAAUGAGUAUAAAUUGAUAUUUCAGUCUCGGUUACUUCAUCGACUUUAUUUACUAUUUCAAUCCAGGCGUUUCAAUCCAUUUAUUCGCUUGAUGUCAUCCAAAUAUUUGCGUCUGCGGCUGAAAAGCAAGUGCUUUCGUUUUCCAUUCCUGAGUCUAAGGGCGUAGAAUUGAAUAUCUUAUAUCCGGGUAAGGACAGUCUCUCCGAUCUGUUUUCUCCUUGUUAUUUACACAGACACUGAGCACGAUGAGUUCAACACAAGACACAAGCUUAAAAACCAGUCUUCUUCAGCUGGAAUGCCAUUUCACCUGGGCUCUGGAUAAAAAUGAUACCGAUCUCACUGAUCUUCUGAACAGGCUAGAAGAACAGCUUAACCUGGAUCUUGGAAGGGAGGCAGGAGUUGCACGCACACACUGCUGUAUGGGAUAUGUGAAGUUUCUACUAGGCUCCAAUACUGAGGCUGUCAGCUACUUUGAAAAAUCUGUAGAGCUCACGAAGUCUCAUGGAAAUGAUUGUGACAAGCUGCUUGUUGUUGUCUAUGGAGACCUUGCAUGGUUAUACUAUCAUAUGGGUAAUUUUGCAGAGUGUGAAAGCUACCUGAAUAAGCUGAGAGAGAUUAACGAGAAAUAUCCAACCGUCCCAUAUGCUGAGGUGCUUGGAGAGAAGGGAUGGACCUUCCUUAAGUUUUCUCGCAAAUAUUAUGAAAGGGCUAAAGAAUGCUUCAAGAAGGCCUUAGAGCUGGAGCCAGAUGAGGGUGAAUGGAAUGCUGGCCUUGCAAUUGCUCUUUAUAGGAUAGAGGAUUUUCUCCAAGAUACAUCUUCUUCAAAUGCAAUUGAUCAACUUAGACGGGCCAUAGCCACUAAUCCAGAUGAUGAUGUUCUUAAAGUUCUGCUUGGUCUGAAAUUGGCUUCUCGCAAGAGGUACAGUGAAGCAGAGAGCCUAGUGGAGCAAGCUUUAGAGAGUUCUCCAGAACACCCACAUGUGAUUCGAUAUGUUGGGAAGUUUUUCCGGAAUCGAGGCUCUGUGGACAGGUCUAUUGCCCUUCUAAAGAGAGCAUUAGAGAAAGUGUCCAACUCAGCCUUCAUACACCAUCAGCUGGGACUCUGCUAUAAGAAGAAGAUCCUGAAUCUGAAGCAGGCAGGAAGCCACCAUACAAAAGGUGCUGAAAUUAAUCGUGCUCAAGAGCAGUGCAUCUACCACUUGGAAAUGGCAACUGAAAUGAAGCCCAGCUUCAUCGUGGCUAUGAGGGAACUGGCUAUUCAGUAUGGGGAGAACCGGGAUAUGCCGCGAGCAGAAGAAAUGUUUCAGAAUACAUUUCGAGUAGCUAGAGAAAAAAAUGAUAACUACCAGUCUGUUCAUCUGUAUUAUGCAGACUUUCAGCAGUACUGUAUGAGAUGUGAGUCUGCUGCCAUCGAACAUUACAUUGAAUGUCUGAAGAUAAAUCCAAAACGAUAUGAAGGGAAGAAAAGUGCUGAACGUCUGGAAGGAAUUGCAAAGAGAAGAAUUAAAAACAACCCAAUGGAUGGAGAGGCCUUCGGAAUACUUGGAAUCAUUCAUAAGGAAAAAGGAGAAAAACAACAAGCCAUAGAGUGCUUUGAGACAGCGCUGAGCUUUGUAGACAAUGAGGAUUACCUGAGUGAUCUUUGUGAACUUAGACUUUCAUUACAGUAAUAUUACCAACAUGCAAUAUGAAACACAUGCAUGAGAUUUAAUGGUAACAGUAGUAUAGUAUCUGUAAUAAUACUAGAUAUGUACUGUGGAUAAAACAAUAAGCUUGUAAUUGUUUGAAUUUCAGCAUGAUAUUUGAUCAUAAUAGUAAUGCAAUAAGAUUCUUUUGCUUUUCUCACUAACAAUGUUUUAUUAAUAAAGCAUGUCCUGCAAUUAAUUUAAAUUAACACCACAUUCUUGUAACUGUAACUGAUUAUUCAACUUUAUGUAACUGAUAACUGAAAUAAAG